UAUAGCGCAUGCGAUACAUUCCAGUCUACACGGACUGUGGCUAAUGUCGGUGCUUUGGGCCUCCUAUAGUCGAAGUGAAGAAGGAUAGAUAGCGAGAGGUAGGGGUAAACGAUGGGUAGUUGCUGCGGAAGACCACCGACCAAUUCUAAGAGAAGAGACAGAAGAGAAGACGGACACCAGCCACCACGUUUAUACCAGCCACCGCCGCCGGACCUCGGUCCGCCGUACGGAGGACCUGCCCUCGCCAAUGACACAGGGACACUAGGAGGAAAUGUCCGAGGAUACAUACCGCAGGGGCCGAUAUUUGUAGCGUUGUUCGACUACGAGCAACGGACGAGCGAAGAUCUGACGUUUAGAAAAGGAGAAAGACUGGAGAUACUGAAUGCACAGGACGGUGACUGGUGGCAGGCUCGAAGUCUGGACUCCAUGAGAGAAGGAUACAUUCCAAGGAACUACGUCGCUGAAUACAAGACUAUUGAGGCUGAAGAGUAUGUCUGCUUUUCUCUGUGUGUGUAUUUCUGUCCAAACUCCCUCCCUCCCUCCACUGUCCAAGCCAGCAAGCCCAUGGCCAAUGGGCGAACUUUGACCUUAGGGGGUGUGGUCACCCUCCCUCCUGGGAUCUGGUUCUUUGGUCCCAUAAAGAGGGCGGAGGCAGAGAAGUUCCUGCGGGCCCACAACGUGCGAGGAACGUACCUGAUUCGAGAGAGUGUGCGUCGAGAAGUCCCCCCUUCCUCCCAACACCCCGUGUUUGUGGGGAAAUACGAUUACGACAGUCGUACGGAUGACGACCUCAGCUUCAAGAAGGGAGACCUGAUGUACAUCAUCUCCACUGACGAGGGAGACUGGUGGUUUGCCCGCGCCAAGGACACGGGGAGGGAGGGAUACAUUCCUAGCAACUAUGUCGCUGAGUACAAGAGUCUUGACGCUGAAGAGUAA